AUGGCCAGUUUGCUGCAAUCGCUGGGUCGCCAGAUUAUUGCGUUCGUCUCUAAGAUGACUGGAGCAGGCGUCAUAGCAUUCUCUAGUCUUCCCCCCAUUCGUCGCAUCGUGACAGGACACGAUGAGAAAGGGAACGGCACUGUUAAGAAUGAUUCUGCGAUUCCCUCACGACCAGCUAUCGGACCAGGGAGCGAAGGGCUGGCAGGAGGAAGUCUGUGGACGACUGUCGUCGAUGGAGCUUUGCGUCCCAUUGGAGGACAAGGUUUCGUUAUGCGAAACGGAACUAAUUUGAGAUUCACGGAUCUCGCUCCCGGGGCGUCUUCUCCCAUGCAUAGGACGAGCUCAGUUGACUACAACAUUUUGAUCUUUGGGAAGCUUAUUCUGGUUUUAGACGACGGUACCGAGGCAUUGAUUGAAAACCCCGGCGAUACGGUGGUGCAGAGAGGCAAUAUGCAUGCUUGGAGAAACCCUGGUCCAGGAGUCGCUAGAUGGGCGAGCGUACUUGUUGAUGCGGAACCGGCGGUGGUCAACGGAGCGACACUGGAUGAUGCCUGGUUGGCAUAG